GAGCAACGAACGCAGACACUUCAUUUAUCGUCGACCACCAUGGCUUUAGCCGUUACGGUGUCGUUCUCCGUGGGCGCACGAUUACUGCACCUACCGCGCACGUUAGCACCACUCACCACACCAUUCAGACCAACAUGGUUCUUCUCUAAAAUGGGUUCUAAUCAUCUGCAGCUGGGCACCAGUGUACCCGCAAGAAAGCUCGUGGUUCGAGCUGCUAGAACCGAGUCCGAAGGGGUCUCCUUGGGCUUCAGAGCUCCCCAUUUUGAGCUUCCAGAGCCACGUACUGGGAAAGUGUGGAAAUUGGAGGAUUUUGAACCGUAUCCUGCUUUACUGGUUAUGUUUAUUUGCAAUCAUUGCCCAUUUGUUAAACACUUGAAAAAAGAUAUUGUGAAGCUUGCAAAUUUUUAUAUGAAGAAAGGACUUGCAGUUGUUGCAAUAUCUUCAAAUUCUGUAGUUACUCACCCACAGGAUGGACCGCAAUUCAUGGCGGAAGAAGCUAAACAAUUUAACUAUCCUUUCCCCUAUUUAUAUGAUGAGUCACAGGAUGUUGCACGAGAAUUUGGAGCAGUUUGUACACCAGAGUUCUUCUUAUUUAAAAAGGAUGGUCGGAGGCCAUAUGAACUGGUGUAUCAUGGUCAAUUUGAUGGUUCCCGACCAAGUACUAAUGUACCUGUUACUGGAAGGGACUUAAGUGUGGCAAUAGAUUGUGUUCUCAGCAGCCAACCAGUGCCAACAGUUCAGAAACCCAGUGUUGGAUGCAGCAUAAAGUGGCAUCCCGGGACAAAUCUGUAAUCUGUGACCACUGGUUUCAACUUCAUGGAGGCAAAUUAAUGAAGAACUUAGUAAUUCUUUCAGCCUUCCUUUUUUGUCAUUUUGGAUUUCUUGAGGCAUGGAAGGCGAGGAAUGCUGUAUAUUUAAUACUCUUGUAUGAUAAUGUAAUAUAAACUAUACUUCAAUACAUGUGCAUUGUGCUUUAA